GCGGAGAUCCUGUCGCAGAACUACGGUGUCCGGGACGAGCUCGAGGGCGCCGCGCGGGGCCUGGAGAAGCCGCAGGAGGAGCUGGAGAAGGACUUCGUCUCCCAGGGACGUUCCCUGGCGGUUCAGUGGUUAGGACUCUGCGCUUUCACUGUCGUGACCCGGGUUCGGUCCCUGAUCGAGGAACUGAGAUCCCGCAAGGCACGCAGCGCAGGAAAAAAAAAAUCUUCAGAUAUAAUUUUUGUAAACCGAUUAAGGAAAAGAAAGAACUUAAUAUCCAAAGCGAAGUCGGAAACAGCUGCCUUUCGUGUUCUCCUACCCGGGGGCCUUGGGGUUUCUCACGUUCGUGCUGUCAGGUCCAGGGUUUCCAGAAUUGGAAUGUUCUGCUUGAAAGCUGUUACGCGGAGUUUUGCUCUGGCAGCAAGCACCGUCAGUGGUUUCUCUCGGAGGAGCAGCUCCCUCGGUCCGGCGGGAGGCGCCCCAGGGCGCCGUCUCCCUUACCUCCGCUCUCCUCCCACGGGAAAGCAGAAUGCCACCUGCUCAGGGCGAGGGUGCAUACAAUGCCCAGCGUCUCGCAGGACCUGCAGGGUGCUCUGUAGGCAGGCGGGCGUCUCUGAAGCCGGAGCGGACCCAGGCUGACGCGCACGCACGCGGCUGCCCCCGGCCCGACCGCGCAGGUGGUCCCUCGGGGCCCCCGGCUCACAGCUGCGGGAGCGCCGUCAGAGACGGGGCAGGGAGUGCUCCCCGCCGGGGAGCCUGAGAGCGGCGCUGGGCGUGGCGGGGAGGUCUCCCCGGGGCUCCGGAGCCCCCGGGCGGGAGUUGACGGCCCGUGACCCAGAGGGCGCGUCCGGGAGGCUGGACGCAGACGGCGACCCGCAGGGGUCGGGCCGUGAGGAGGUGAGGUUUGCAGGAGGAGGGUUGGAGGGCACUACCGGGGUGGCAGGUGACGGAAGCUUCCGUCUCUCCCUUCCCGGUCCCUGAGGGUCUCAUUUCUGUCUCCUGCCGUGUCGCGUUGCCUCCAGGUGUCAGCAGCGUUCGUCCCCAGGGGGCCCUCGCGCCUCCUCUGGUCGUGCGGUGACCGGACGGUCCUGACUGCGCGUUGUCGGCGCGGUGAGGGUCAGGGGCCGUCCGGGGCGUCGGUGAGGCGCCCCUCUCUCUGCUUAGUGUCCUGAGGGUUUUAAAAAACCGGGAGUGACGUUGGUUUGGCCAGGUGACUCUUUUACGUUCCUUAACGGGCCGGGGCGUCCCUUUCUGGCUUAUUCGUGUCACGCGUGGUGACCGUCGAUUUCCAGACACUGAGUGUCCCCGUGGUCUCCAGCGGAGCGGGCACGGGCCUGUGUGAGCACGUGUAGCAGGCGCUGUGCUGUGGGCUGGAGGCCGCCGGGCUCCGCCCUUCACGCCGGGGACCUGCACAGACCACGGACGCCUCCGGGCUCCGGCGUCUCAUCGGUGCCCUCCUGGGGCUGUGAAGGGUCCUUCGUCGAGGAGCUGGGCUUGGGGUCUGGCCGGGCUGAGUCACGGUGACCGGUCGUGGGGCCGAUGGGCCCGGAGCCCCCGAGCAGCCCCCGCGGACAGAGCCCUGUGCCCCCAGGGCAGCGACAUGCCCCUCGACCAGCUGCUGGCCCUCUACGGCUACGAGGCCUCGGACCCCAUCUCGGAGCGCGAGAGCGAGGGCAGCGACGCGCCAGCCAACCUCCCGGACAUGACCCUGGACAAGGAGCAGAUAGCGAAGGAUUUGCUUUCAGGGGAAGAAGAGGAAGAAACACAGUCCUCGGCGGAUGACCUCACCCCGUCUGUGACCUCCCACGAGGCCUCCGACCUUUUCCCUAAUCAGAGUGGAUCCCGCUUCCUGGAUGAUGCAGACAAGGAGCCCGGCUCCUCCGCCUCGUCAGACACCGAGGAGGACCCGCUUCCCGCCAACAAGUGUAAGAAGGAGAUCAUGGUUGGGCCUCAGUUCCAAGCCGACCUCAGCAACCUGCACUCGAGCCGCCAUGGUGAGAAGAUCUACGAGAACGAAGACCAGCUGCUCUGGGACCCCAACAUCCUGCCCGAGAGGGAGGUGGAGGAGUUCCUGUACCGGGCGGUGAAGCGGCGGUGGCAUGAGGUGGCUGGGCCUCAGCUCCCAGAGGGAGAGGCCGUGAAAGACAGUGAGCAGGCGCUGUACGAGCUGGUGAAGUGCAGCUUCAACGCGGAGGAGGCCCUGCGGAGGCUGCGGUUCAACGUGAAGGUGACCCGAGGUGAGCGCAGCCCUUCCCGCCCCGCCCCCGGCGCUGGCGGCGCUGACCGGCCCCCCGCCUUUGCAGAUGGGCUGUGCGCCUGGAGCGAGGAGGAGCGCCGCCACUUCGAGCACGGCUUCCGUGUGCACGGCAAGAACUUCCACCUGAUUCAGGCCAGCAAGGUGCGCACGCGGUCGGUGGGCGAGUGUGUGGAGUACUACUACCUGUGGAAGAAGUCCGAGCGCUACGACUACUUUUCCCAGCAGACGCGGCUGGGCCGCCGGAAGUGUGGCCUGUCGGGGACCACGGACACGGACCAGGACCUGGACGGCGGUGACCCCGACGGCCCCGGCCGCCCCCGCCCCUCCCCGCCCCCCGCUGUCGACGGCCCGGGCCCUGAGCAGGGUCCCCUGGCUGGGACGCACGUGGAGCCCCUGAGCGUGGGCAGCAGCACGUCUGGGAGCCUCAGCGCGCCCCAGGAGGCCCCCGACGGAGCCCCGUCUUUGGAGCCAGGGCCCCGUUCCUUCCAGCCGCUGGUCGAAGACGCGCCCCCGGCUGCGCCCUUGCCUCGGCAGUCCCUCGCCGAGCCGGCCUUCUACCGCCCCCCCACGGCAGCUCCGGAGCCCAGUGCCAGCCCGAGGCCGGCCGUGGACGUGGCCCUGCCUGGGGCCCUCCCUGAGGAGCUGCCCCUCGUCUCCAGCCACGUGGACACGGACGGAGAGCCUGAGGAGGCCGUGGCCCCCGCGCAGGUGGCCUUGUCGGUCGCUGAGUUUGGACUCAUUGGCAUCGGGGACGUGAAUCCCUUCCUGGCUGCCCACCCUGCGUGCCCGGCCCCGGGGCUGCACACGGAGCCCCUGUCACACUGUAACGUGAUGACCUGUUGAUCCCUGGCCGCAGGCGGGCGUGUGUGGCCCAGACUGGACUUGGGGCCCCCCGCGAGGCCUGCCUGUCAGUCUUCCCGACCCUUCCCCUCCUCGCGGGCCUCGGGGAGCGCCUCCUCUGCUCAGAACACAUCAAGGACCAGGGUUCGCCGUGGCCCUUCCCCGCGCCACACGUGGACCAGCACCGCCGCCUGGCUCCAGGCUCUGCUCCCACCGUGGGACCCGCCGGGCGGCAGCCAGCAGAGGCGAGGAAGGCGUCCCAGCCCUGCCAGGGACAGAGGGAGACGGGGCCGGACGCCGCCCCCACCAGCAGCCUCUGCCAGGCACCCUCGGCACCUGCUCGCCCGUCUCCCUGCGCCGGGCCGGACUGCCGGGGCCAGACCCCGUGGGGCACAGAGCCAUAUACCUCGACGUGGCCCGGCCCGCCCGCCCCGACGCCCGCCCGCUCUCUCCACUUCAGGAAAAGCCGCACUUUACAGCCUCCACCCUACCCUCACCCGGGGCCCCGGCACCUUGGGCGUGGGUCUGAGGACACGGGGCGCACACCCCGGUACCGAGGUCCCGUCGUCCCGUCUCCGCGCCGAGGGGCCCGGCUCCGGCCCGUUUCCCUCACCCUGUAGGUCGUGUUUCUGUUGAGGCUUCCCAGCAAGACGGCUGGGGUCCUGGGCCUUCUUCUCCCCGGCCUCCCUCGUUUUAUUUAUGUUUCUGUUUACAAAUGGGAGUGGGGUCCUCCGGGGGGCAGGGCCGUGCUCCCGGCCCCGCUGUCACCAGGGGGGCUUGGGCUGGAGCCCGUCUGCAGGGCCGGACUCGACCUCCCCCAGCCCACCGAGGACCACACUGUGAUGUGACAGCUGCCUUGACCCCCUUGUUUUAUUUAUUAAACUUGAUUUGAAGCCCGUGGGUGCCUCGUGGUGGGUCAGGCGGGUGGGGUGCAAGGAGCUGCUGGUCACUCCGGGGACCCCUGUGCUGGGCCGCCUGCAGGGACCUGGGGGCCCGGGGUCGUGGGGGAGUGUGCUCCGUGUCUCAGGGGCGGUGUGAGGGGGCGGUCAGGUACGUGGAGGCGACUCUCAAGCUGGAACCCGCCAGGGACAGGCCUGCCUGUGAGGGCAGGUGGGGGGAGACGCCGGCCGAGGCGGGGCGGGAGGCGGGGCGGAGGCGGCCAGUCCCGGCAGAGCUGGCCGUGCCCGCGUGGGAACGGCGGCGUCCGGGUGGGACGGGGGCGAGCUCUGCCAGUGCCCGAGGUGUGUGCCGGCCUCCUGGUCCCUCCUCUCGGGACGUGGCCUCUUCGGCCCGGCUUCUUGCCCUGGUCUGUGUGUUUAAGGUUCUGCCGUGGCCGUUCACGGCUUCGCCGUUCCCUUCCUAGCGCCGAGACGGAAUGACAUUCCGCCUUCUGGGUGGACCGGGGCGUUGAUCUGCUUGCCUGCCCGAGGGCCCCGUGGUGUUCCCAGGUGUGGCGGUCAUGGGCGCAGCACCCGAAAGCACCCGUGUGCGGGUGUGUGUGUGGUGAAUACCCAGGCGCCGGAUCACGCGGUGGUCUCACGUGUAGUUUUUGAGACCCUCUGGGCUGCUUCCAGGGAGGCUGCCCGGCCUGGCAGCGUUUGGGGUUUUCGGGCUGGGGUUGUUGGGGCUGUGGUAAUAGGUGUUUCCCGCAACACCCCAGCGACAGAGGCAGGUUCGCCCGCCUGAGGGUCCCGGGUCCCCAGGCCGCGGUGGGAAGUGAGUCUGCGUGAUGUGCUCUUGGCCCUCGUUGGAUGGAAAGGUCCUCACCCCUCCUUUGUUUCUCAAGCACUUUUUUUUUUUUUAACUUGGUGUAAGAGUCUAGGUUUACUUUUUUUCUUCUUUUGGCAUUUUAAAGAUGUUCCGUUUAUUCUUGGGUUCUCUUGUUUCUGAUGAGAAAUGUGCCACUUUCGCCUGUAUUCCCUAAACACGAUGUCUUUUUGUCGCUCCCGUGAGUUUCUCUGUAUGUCUGGAUGUGAUGCACCUGGUGGUGGUUCCUACGUGGAGCGACUUGGACCUAAGGGUUGGUGCCUUUCAUCGCUGGGGGGGCUUCCUGGCCGUUGCCUGUCAGGUAUUUCUGCUGCCCCUUCUGGGCUCUGCUCCUGUGUCCCUGGGUACUCGGCAGAGCCGCACGUUGCCCGCAGACCCUGUGCGGGUCGUCCUGUCCUCUCUGUGUGGGCCGUCCUUGCUCGCUAGCCAUCCUUCCACUGCUCCAGGCUGCCACCUGGCCCGUCCAACAGCGUCUGUGACAUGUACACUGUAUGUUUUGA